UAUCCGUUGAAUAUCGCGAACUUCCCACUUUCAAUUCGCCCCCUAAAAUAGCUAUUUUAUUUUGAUUGUAUUACGUUUUCUAUACACCAUUUACAGUAGAGCAUUCAAAAGUCCACAUUUUCAAAUGGAGGAAACCGACGGAUCUUCAGUAACUUUACCGGUGGCACAGCCGGUGGACGAAAGACCGAGGAGGAACAAGAGAAAGUCUUCGGUGGCGGAUCUCGACGCGUCCCCAGAACGCAAUUUCAAACGGCCGUCUUUGAGAAGAGGAAGUUCUUUUAUCUUCCUGACACCUGGACCUCAGUGGGACUUCACUCUGAAACGAAAGCGCAGAGAGAAGGAUGAUGCAGAUGCAGUCAGUCUAUGCAGCUUUGACUUCAAGGAACCUUGUACUAAGCGUGUGCGGCCUCUCGGCCGAGUGACCUCGCUGGCGAACCUCAUCUCGCCCGUAAAGAGUGGGGCCGUCCGACGCUUCGGGCAGACCCUCCAGGCCUCGUUUCGGGGUGACGGGCGGUCUCCGGGCGUGCCCCAGCAGAAACCCUGCAGCAAGGCCGCGGCUCCUACGCCACCCAAGCGACGCAACAGCACACUCUGGUCUGAGACCCUGGACGUUCAUCAGAAAGGAACCUUUUCCUCCAAAGAGAUUAAGAGACAAGAGGCUAUUUUUGAGCUGUCUCGAGGUGAACAGGACCUGAUUGAAGACCUGAAAUUAGCCCGAAAGGCUUACCAUGACCCAAUGCUAAAACUUUCCAUCAUGACCGAGGAGGAGUUGACAGCCAUCUUUGGAGACUUGGAUGCUUAUAUUCCUCUUCAUGAAGAUCUUCUCGCUCAGUUGGCGAAGGCUACAGGCCCAGAUGGCACAGUGGGACAGAUCGGCAAGAUUGUUGUGGACUGGCUGCCAAGGUUAAAUGCGUACAGGGCAUAUUGCAGUAAGCAGCUGGCCGCCAAAGCCUUGCUUGACCAGAAGAAACAGGACCCAAGAGUUCAGGACUUCUUACAGCGCUGCCUUGAGUCACCUUUCAGCAGGAAACUAGACUUGUGGAGCUUCUUAGACAUCCCUCGCUCACGACUGGUCAAAUACCCCCUUCUUCUGAAAGAGAUUUUAAGACACACACCACCAGAUCACCCAGACACAGCAAGCCUUGAGCAGGCGAUAAGCAUCAUUCAGGCCGUGUUGGCUGACAUAAACAUGAAGAAAGGAGAGUCCGAGUGUCAAUACUAUAUCGAUAAGCUGGAAUAUUUGGAUGACAGACAGAAAGACCCUCACAUAGAGCAGUGCAAGAGCCUGCUUUGCCAUGGGGAACUUCGCAACAAAAGUGGCACGAAGUUGCAUGUGUUCCUCUUCACGGAGGUUCUGGUCUUGACCCGGCCUGUGACGCGGAAUGAUCAGCAUUGUUUCCAGGUGUACCGCCAGCCAAUCCCAGUGCAGGAUCUCAUAUUGGAAGACCUGCAGGACGGAGAUGUCCGCAUGGGUGGCUCAUUCCGAGGGGCUUUUAGUAAUGGUGAUAAAGCCAAGAACAUCUUCCGGGUACGCUUCCAGGACCCAUCUCAGGGCCAGUCCCACACACUGCAGGUCAAUGACAUCUUCCACAAGCAGCAAUGGCUCAACUGCCUCCGCACUGCCAUGUCAACCCAGAAAGAUUCGCCACUCCAUGAGGACGAAUCCUUGUCCACCCCUGCAAGUAAUGACGUUUGCACCAAACGGCACUCAUCUUCUGUCUCCACCAUCAUCCAUUUGGAAGAGACAGAUGAGAACUGUCCACGGGCCGCUGCCUCCGCCCCUUCCUCCCCCAGCUCAGAGGAGCCCCCGAGUCCCACACCCUCUGCAACCUCCACCCUCUCCUCGUCCUCUUCAUCAUCUUCAAUUUCCAUCCACUUCCAGCCCCACAAAUCCAAAAAGGACAAGCGUUCAAUCUGUUCAUUGGGUAAGAGGAAGGAGACCAUGGUGUAAAGACUGAGCUAUCCCAGGGUGCACAUGGAGUGGCACCGUGCGGAGUACUUGUAUUUAUGUGCGUGUAUGGACUGUGUGUUUCUACAGCAGUGUUUCUGUGUUACUGUCCACAAUGGCAGCUAUUAUUACCAAUCCCUCCCCCGAAAACCCUCCCAGGUCCACGUGGGCCGCACCAGUACCAGAAAGACAGUAUUUGUGAGGCGACUGUGUGGAUCUCAAGGGAUUGAAGACACAUCCCGCACACUUUUAAUCACCAUGCUGAUUUGUGUGAAAGAGCAAGAUCACACAUCUAGUCUUGUUUACUGUUAGUUUGGUAAUAUUUUAUUAAUAUUGAUUUUUUUUUUUUUGUGAUUAAAGUUUCACUUUUUUUUUUUU